UUACUGGUUACAUCCCUCCAGCUGGUCAAAUGGAAGAAUUUCGUAAGCAAUUUGAAUCUAUGAGCGAAGAACAAAAAGAACACGAGGCUAUGAAACUUGUCAAUGCAAUGGAUAAACUUAUGGAUCAGGGUAUUAUUACCCCAGGCACAGUUGGUGAAGACGGACGCGUUAGACAAGUGAAGCACGUGGCGGAAUUGAUAAAAGAUGUGGAAAAAGUUGAUGAGAAAGAAGAUAGCGACUAACAUGGUUAAAUAACUCUUGAAGAGC